CUAAUUACUGGUAGCAGGUUUCCAUUAAAACUACCAUUUAGUAAACCACGUUACUAGUAUACACAUCACAACUCACUACAUUAUGGCUCUUAGUUCACCAAGUCCGCUGUUAUGUGCCUCAACUGUACGAUGACUGGAGAGAGGAAAGACGUUACUUGACAGACGGGAGGUUUGUCGGGGUCACGUUGUCUGAGAGAACCAGUUGUGUUACCAACCUACAGAUGAAACCGCCAAACCGGGUGUCGAGUAGCGAGAAGCUGCAGAAACUACGAGAGCUGAUGUCGUCAAAAAACAUCUCCGCUUAUAUCAUACCCAACUCUGACGAUCACCAGAGUGAGUUUGUGGCCAUCCCAGAUCGUCGGAGAGAGUUUAUAACCGGUUUCACUGGUAGCAAUGGUGAUGCAGUCGUGACGCUUAGCUGGGCCGCGUUGUGGACGGACAGUCGCUACUACCUACAGGCCGACGAGGAGAUGGACUGUAACUGGCUGUUGAUGCGGAGUGAGGACCGGAAUGUCCCGUCUAUCGCUGAAUGGCUGUCUACAGAGUUGAGACCUGGUUCUGUUGUGUCUGUGGACAGUAGGAAAGCCACUUACACCGAGUGGAAGAUAUGGCGGGAUUACCUCCAAAAGUUCCAGAUUUCUCUAAAUCCUGUUGUGGAAAAUUUAAUUGACGCGAUAUGGACGAAUCGACCAAACUACCCACCAGAACCCAUACAUGUUUAUGAAGAUAAAUUUGCUGGUGAAACUUGGCAGAGUAAGUUGUCUCGUCUGAGGUGGACUUUGACUCAUUCAGGGGCUGACAUGAUGGUGGUGACUGCUCUGGACGAGGUGGCUUGGUUGUUGAACCUCCGUGGAGGUGACAUUCCCUUCACCCCUGUGUUCCGAGGGUACGUGCUGCUAGGGCUCAACUGGGCUACAUUAUAUAUUCCACCAGACAAGAUAACCGCGGCUCUGCGCUCUCAUCUGUAUUCUCCUACAGACUCUGUACAGGUCAUGCCUUAUGACUGGGUUUGGUACGAGUUGUCGGAGAAAGCCAAGAGAGCCAACAGGAUACUGAUCCCAGGACCUUUGAGUACCCAGACAAAAGGAACGAGUCUUGUCGUACAUCAACUGUUACCUCCUGAAAAGAUCAUAAUACUUCCAUCACCAAUAGUGAACAUGAAGGCCUACAAGAACAAUGUGGAGAUCGAGGGAUCACAGAAUGCUCACAUCAGAGACGCUGUGGCUCUGAGUCAGUUGUGGAGCGACUUGGAGGAAGGGUUAGCCGAGGGACAACUAUGGGAUGAGAUGAAAGUAGUUGCGGCUCUGGAUGUGUUACGAGCUCAACAGGUCUACAACCGAGGGCCGAGUUUCGAAAGUAUCGUCGCUUUUGGGACCAACGGAGCUCUGCCUCACUACAUUCCGAAACCUACAACCAACAAGAUGAUCGACAACUCAAGUUUACUAACCAUAGAUUCUGGUGGCCAAUAUCUUGAUGGCACAAUAGACACAACCCGAGUGUUCCACUUUGGAAAACCCACAGCUCGUCAAGUUGAGAUUUACACAGCACUGUUACAAGGAUGCAUCAACCUGGCCAGCACAGUGUUCCCAGCUGGUCAAACAUUGCAGGAACUAGACGUCAUCAUCCGAGGACCUCUGUACAAGCUGGGACACAGUUACGGCCACGGCAGCACUCACGGAACCGGUGUCUACCUCGGUGUACAUGAAGCUUUCAACUACACAUAUGAAGUCAACUUUAUAGGAUCUCAAGAGCCUGGCUUUUAUAAAGAAAAUGACUUUGGAAUGCGUUUGGAAAAUCUUGUUCGAGUUGUAGAAAAGCCAGCAAGAGAAGGGUCAAGAAGACUUUUAGGGUUUGAGCCUUUGACCCUGGUACCUUAUGAACGGAAGCUAAUUAAUUUCAAGAAAUUGGAUAAACACCAGAUCCAAUGGUUGAGAAAGUACUAUUCGACCAUAAGGUCACUUGUUGGAGACGAAAUGAUAAGACAAGGCAAACAUAAACUUUUCAAGUGGCUUGUGGAGAAGACGGAAACGUUCUGUUUCUCAAAUGAUGAUGAUGAUGAUUGA